CAAAUCGACAACCACGCCGACGAACGACGACGAGCAGCAAACCCGACCAUGAGCACCGAAGAACGGCUGUGGCGUGUGCAGGGGGAAGCACGGGCACGGGCGGCGCAGGCCCAGGACUUCUUCCAGGACCUGGAGCAAUGGGAACGGUCCAUCACACAGAAGGAUGAACAGUUAAAGCGCACGCAGGCUGUCACAAAGAAGGUGGAGGGAAGGCGGGGGAGGUGUUGGGGUGAAGACACGUGCAACACAAAACAACAGCUGGCAUGCAUUGGCUGAUUCACUUGCACAUACGCGCCACUUAACGCAUUCACGCACACACGCACACACACACACACACAUACACACACACAUACACACACGUACACACGCGCACACACAUACACACGCGCACUGGUCAACACGCAAUUGCGAUGUAGUUGCCACCCGUACGGAGUCAGGUGGGACUAGAUAGUGGUACAGACGCGGAGAGCGGUUCGCAGCAAACAGCGCCAGAAACAGCGACUGACAAUGUUGCAAAACAACAGCAGCAGCAGCGCCUCAGGUCUGGUGACUACCGCGGAUGGGACAAAUUUGAUGUGGACAGCGAGCUGCAGAAGUUGGAGCAGCAGGAACAACAAGAAGAGGAGCGCAAAUUGAAGGAAGCCAUGCGCGCACAGCAAGAGGAGAUUGCGCCAGCCGACACAAUGCACGACAGUCAGAUGUCGGACAUGCAGCUGCGGACCCACAUGGCCACGUGCGAGAAGGAGAACGGCAAUGCGCAGUUCAAGGCGGGCAAGUACAUGGCUGCGGUGGACUGCUACACGCGCGGGCUGGACGUUGAUCCCGACAACGCCGCGCUCUACGCCAACAGGGCGAUGGCGCAUCUCAAGCUCAAGCAGUAUGAACACGUCGUUGAAGACGCAACACAAGCCCUCCGCUGCGAUCCUAAGUACAUCAAGGCUAUGUCGCGCCGUGCAACAGCAAACUGCGCUCUCAACCGCUUCGAUGAUGCAAUGGAAGACUGGUCAGCCAUCCUUCGUCUGGAUCCGAACCACAAGCAGGCGCGCAAGGAGCUCGCAGCCACCAAGAAGAAAAAGCGGCAGUACGAGGAGGACCGCCGGCGGAACUUCAAUCCGCUUCAACACGCCGCCAAAUUGCGUGACGAGCGGCUGCGUGCGCGCGACGAAAAACCACUGGUGCGAAUCCCAAUUGAGGAAAUUGGAACACCAGUCAACAGCGACGACGAAGAUGGCGAUGAUGAUAACGGUGGUAGUGGUAGUGGUGGUGAUCAUGUCUCCAACAAGGCAGGGGCAGUGAAGACAACACCACCAACAGCAACAGUAUCAGCACCAGCAUCAGCAGCAGGACAGGAUAAGACGAAGAAUAAGGACAAGAAGACCAAGAGCAAGUUUGUCAUGGAGGAAACGAGUGCCGCGCCGGCGCCAGCAUCAGCACAGUCACAGUCGCCGUCGCAGUCACGGGCGAAGCGGAACGUGAUUCCGGUUGGCGAUAUUGUGGAGAAGCCGCCAGCACCGGCACCACCAGCACCACCAGCACCAACAGCACCACAAGCAGCUGUUGCACCAACGACGGACACACACGAACAGAAAGGAGGUAGUGUUGCAAAGGCGCAGCAGCCGGUCACGAAACAAGAGGACGCCGCGAAGCAGAUGCAGCAAGGUGGCGAGGCAACACCAGCAGCACCUGCAGCACCUGCAGCACCAGCAGCACCAGCAGCAGCAACCACGGUGACAGCAAGCAAGCAAGAGCCGUCGACAGCGGCGAGCAAACCCGCACCCGCCGCCCUACCCAUGCGCGCCACCACUGCUACCCCUACGUCGCUACCAUCAUCAUCAUCAUCAUCAUCAUCAACAUCAGCACCAUCACCAUCGUCAUCAUCAUCAUCAUCAUCAACAUCAGCACCAUCAACAUCGUCAUCAGCUGUUGCGCCGCCCCAGUCCAGUGCAGAGUUCCUUGGACGCCUUCGCGACACGCUCUCCUCGCCAUCACAGCUGCAUGCACUCGCCAUGUCUGUCAAGCCGUCACAGCUCAAGCAGUUUGUUGCCAACCAGCUUGAGGCCGAGCAUGUGCUGGCCAUGGCGCCUGCGCUGGCGCGCGAGGAGCAGCGGCCUGUUGCCGCGUUUAAACGUCUUCGCGCUGUCCUUUCUGCACCGCGCGCCGAUGUUGUGCUGCAGUUCCUUGAAGAUGAAGACCGCUCCUCCCUGUACACACACGCGUUUGAUUUGGGCCAGCGCGCUGUUGUGAAGGGCGCGAAAUCGUUGCAGCAGGGCGAUGUGGACGCCACACUCGCGCUCCUCAAGUGAUGUGUGUGUGUGUGUGUGUAUCUGUGUGUGUAUCGCUGUUUGUGCGUGUGUGCAUCUGUUUGUGUGUAUGUGUGUGUAUGUGUGUGUAUGUGUG